UUCACACACUCUCCCUCUCUCUCUCACACACACACACACAUAAAAGCAGUCAGCACCCUCUAUUAGGCUUAACAUGACAGUUUUGCCUCAUUUUUGAUUCAGAAAGGAAGACAAGUACACAGAUACGCCUCAACGGGGGGAAACUGCUGGAGUUUCAGACACAUUUAAGUAGCUACAAAGAGAACUGCAGAUCUGGGACCAGUUGGAAGGACAAAAUGAACGUGUGGACGGCCCUCACACUGGCCUUGCAGCUGCUAUUAAAAAUGUGCUUACACGUGGAAGCACAGGCUUUGGUCUACGAUCUGCUCACCUCACCCGACUGCCUGCCAGACCUGCUGCAGGGGGGCCUGACCGGGCAAGGGGUGAACGAGGCUUUCAUCCUAACCUCCUUCAAGUUGCAGCCCAAGACCGGAACCACUGUGUUUGGCCUGCACAACCCCAGGGACAACAGCAAGUACUUUGAGUUCACAGUGAUGGGGAAGCUCAACCGAGCCGUGUUACGGUACUUGAGGAGUGACAAGAGGAUGGCCUCUGUCACAUUCAACAACCUGGUGCUGGCAGAUGGCCAGCAACACCGACUGCUGUUCCACCUCAGGGGGCUGCAGCAGCAGGGGCCAGGUGGGGUGGAGCUGCAUCUGGACUGCAGGCUGGUGGAGACAGUCAGGGAUCUUCCUGCUGCCUUCCAGGGUUUGCCAGCAGGCUAUGGCACAGUGGAACUAAAGACUAUGCAAGCCAGAGAGCAGGAAAGCUUAGAUGAACUAAAGCUGGUGGUUGGGGACUCAUUUGAAAACGUUGCGUCGCUACAAGACUGCCACUUCCAGCAAAGAGACUCAGUUCAGACUCUGGGGGUCAACACAAAGCAGCUGUCCAAUCAAAUGCUGGAGUUAACGAAGGUGAUAAAUGAGCUGAAAGACGUCCUAAUUCAGCAGGUUAAAGAAACAUCCUUUCUCAGGAAUACCAUCUCAGAGUGUCAGGCCUGUGGUCUAGGUGGCACAGAGGUGGUGAAGCCAAGGUGUGCACCGGGUGUCUGUUUCCGUGACGACAUGUGUAUAGAAACAGCAGAAGGUGUUGAAUGUGGACCAUGUCCUGAUGGGUACACUGGAGAUGGUUUUAACUGUGAUGAUGUCGACGAGUGUCAGUUUAACCCCUGCUUUCCUGGAGUGCGCUGCGUCAACACUGCCCCAGGCUUCCGCUGUGACGCCUGUCCGCUGGGCUACACCGGCCUGCCAGUGGAGGGUGUGGGCAUAGUGUACGCUCAGACCAAUAAACAGGUCUGCGAUGACAUCGAUGAAUGCAAAGGACCUGACAAUGGAGGCUGUACUGCAAACUCGAACUGCCACAACUCUGCGGGCUCCUAUCACUGUGGUAGCUGUAAGUCAGGAUUCACAGGAGAUCAGGUGAAGGGCUGUAAGCCGGAGAUCAGCUGUGGCAACAGCCUGACCAACCCCUGUGAUGUCAACGCUCAGUGUAUUGUAGAAAGAGACGGAUCCAUCUCUUGUCAGUGUGGAAUUGGCUGGGCUGGAAAUGGAUACCUGUGUGGAAAGGAUACGGACAUUGAUGGAUAUCCAGAUGAGAAACUCAAAUGCAAAGAUCCAAACUGCAGAAAGGAUAACUGUGUCUUUGUUCCUAACUCUGGUCAAGAGGAUGCCGACAGAGAUGGUUAUGGAGAUGCCUGUGAUGAAGAUGCAGAUGGCGAUGGUAUUCCAAACGAACAGGACAACUGCAGGUUAAAAGCCAAUGUGGACCAGAGGAACAGCGACAAGGACAGCCACGGCGACGCCUGUGAUAACUGCCGCCUGGUGGAGAACCCCGACCAGAGGGACACUGACGGUGAUGGCAAAGGGGACGCCUGUGAUGAUGACAUGGAUGGAGAUGGUCUGAAGAACUUCCUGGAUAAUUGCCAGCGUGUCCAGAACAGAGACCAGCUGGACCGGGAUGGAGACGGGGUGGGAGACGCUUGUGACAGCUGCCCCGACAUCCCCAACCCAAAUCAGUCUGAUGUUGAUAAUGACUUGGUUGGGGAUUCCUGUGAUACAAACCAAGACAGUGAUGGCGAUGGUCACCAGGAUACCAAGGAUAACUGCCCACUCGUGAUCAAUAGCUCUCAGCUGGACACUGACAAAGACGGGCUGGGUGACGAAUGCGAUGACGAUGAUGACAACGACGGGAUACCGGAUGUUUUACCACCGGGUCCAGACAACUGCCGGCUGGUACCAAAUCCUGAUCAGAUUGAUGAUAACAGUGACGGUGUUGGAGAUAUUUGUGAGUCUGACUUUGACCAGGACAAAGUGAUAGACAGGAUUGAUAAUUGUCCUGAAAAUGCCGAGAUUACCUUGACUGACUUCAGGGCCUAUCAGACUGUUGUGCUGGACCCCGAGGGCGAUGCCCAGAUUGACCCCAACUGGGUUGUUUUGAACCAGGGAAUGGAAAUCGUUCAGACCAUGAAUAGUGAUCCUGGACUUGCUGUCGGUUACACGGCUUUCAGCGGCGUGGACUUUGAGGGGACUUUUCACGUGAAUACAGUCACUGAUGAUGACUACGCUGGCUUCAUCUUUGGUUACCAGGACUCAUCCUCCUUCUACGUGGUGAUGUGGAAGCAGACUGAACAGACCUACUGGCAGGCAACCCCCUUCAGAGCCGUGGCCGAGCCCGGCAUACAGCUGAAGGCUGUGAAGUCUAGAUCAGGCCCCGGCGAGCAUUUGAGAAACUCACUGUGGCACACGGGAGACACCACCGACCAAGUGCGCCUGCUGUGGAAGGACCCGAGAAAUGUGGGCUGGAAGGAUAAGGUGUCCUAUCGCUGGUACCUGCAGCACCGCCCACAGGUUGGAUACAUCAGAGCCCGCUUUUACGAAGGAACUGAGCUGGUUGCAGACUCCGGCGUGACCAUCGACACAACCAUGAGAGGAGGACGACUUGGCGUGUUCUGUUUCUCGCAGGAAAACAUUAUCUGGUCCAAUCUGAAAUACCGCUGCAAUGACACCAUCCCGGAGGAUUUCCAGGAGUUCAGCACUCAGCAUGGCGUCGACUCGCUCUAAAGCCAACGCG